AUGGUCGCUGGAAAACGUACAGGCGCCGCGAAAGGCUCCCGACACAACAAAAAGUAUUGGAGAAAGGGAACAAAUAUCGAUGAGAUUGAGGAUGCGAUUCACAACAAAGCCCGUCAAGUCGCUACCGGAGUUGUCGUUGAGGAUAUGAAAGAUGAGGAACUCUUCGUCGUCGAUCGUACCGCUAGCGCAAAGAAGGUCGAAGAACCAACGAGAACCCGUAAACAGCAGGCUGCAUUGGAUAAAAUCGCCAAAAAUAUCACUAAAGAGCAGGUUUCCCUGCCGAAACCCAUUGGAAAAACGCUGAAAAAACCAGCGAAGCUUCCACGCGGAAACGCGAUUCUGAUGAACAAGAAAAAAGUGGGAAAAGCUGUCAAAAAGGCGCCCAAAUUCGAUGUCUGGACUACCGAUCUGACACCAUCGAUUCCAGCGGAAAAGUUGAAUGUUCCAGAGGCGGCUGAGCACUUUUUGAAAGUUGUCAAGAAGAAGCAACCGAAGACUCCAGGAAAAUCGAUCACAACUCUGCUUCCAGCAGUUGAAGUGGCACAAGGAGGUGCUUCUUAUAAUCCAGAAUCGAAGGAAUACCAUGAUUAUGUGAUGAAGAUUGCUGGAGAAGAGCAGAAACUGAUCGAUUCGGAGCAAAAGAUCAAGAGAGGAAUUGAGCCACAGUGGGAGAAGGUCACCACGGAACACGAGCGCUUUUUGGAGAUGGCCGAAGGACUUCGAAUCCAUCCGAAAUUCGGAAAAGACGAUGAAGACCAUCCGGCAACAGAGGGAACUGCUACUGAAGAGACUGUCAAAAGCGAGCCAGUGUCGUGCGAAAGAAUGACUAAGGAGCAGAAAAAGAAGAAGGCGAAGGCAGCUGGAUUGGAGAAGGAGGAGAAGAGACGUUUGGAUGAGAAGGCUAGAGAACAGGAUUCGCAUAAUGUUUUCCGCACGAAGCAAAUUCACAAAGAGCUCGACGAGGAGGAGAAGCAACGUCACGAGGAAUCAGAAGAUCGCAAGAAGAAGAAGAUUCUCAACAAACUAACGAAACGCCAAAAGUUGGGACGUGGAAAGUUUGUCGACGCCGAAGAGCCGUUCUUGCUGCAAGAGGAAUUGACUGGAAAUCUGCGACAAAUCAAGCCACAAGGACACGUACUGGACGAUCGAAUGAAGAGUUUGCAGAGAAGAAACAUGCUGCCGAUCGGAGGAAACAAGGCGAAGAAGCUGAAGACAAGUCUGAAACAUAAGAUUGUGGAGAAGAGAAAUGUGAAGACAGUCGUUAAGGGUAGUCGUGUUAUUUGA